UGUGGUAGAAAACACUGUAAAACCACUACUAGAACGCCUUCUUCUGCUGUACUGCUUCCAUGGCUACCCUAUCGAUGUCCGAUAAUUCAUACUGAAGAAACCCUAGAAGUGAAAAUCAAGUUCAUGGGCCGUCUGGAAAUGUGUUUUGUAAUACUGGGUCAAGAUCGAAAUCUUCUUGAAACUACCUGGAGAUUGAGUUUGUAGUGUGAUCUGGAGUGAAAAAAAAAUGGUUAAUGGAGGAGUGGAUCGGUUUUUGAUCUAGUAGCUUUUGUGUUUUGGGUUACAGUUGUGUAUUCACUUCGUUCAGAGCGAGGUUUCGUGUUGUUCUUCAAAUGCAAGUGUUGUUAAGGAACACAAUUUGACUCGGUUUUUGCUUUUCAGUCAUGGCGAGGCGUCACGGGUGGCAACUCCCAGCUCACACAUUUCAGGUUGUGGCUAUAACUGUAUUUUUCUUGCUAUCUGUUGCGUACUAUGCCUUUUUUGCUCCAUUUCUUGGAAGGGACAUUUAUGAAUAUGUGGCUAUUGGUGUUUAUUCUUUCUUGGCUCUUUCGGUAUUUAUUCUCUAUGUUAGAUGCACAGCCAUUAAUCCGGCUGAUUCAGGGAUACUGAUUGGUGGAGAGGGGAUAUCUGCCUGCAGAUCUCACAAUAACAAUGAGUUGCCUGAAUCUGGGAAUGCUGAUCCAGUUGGAGAACUUAGCAAGGUAGAAAUGAAGAAUGGAGAAAGGUCUACCAGGCGUAAUUCAAGUUGUUGCUUAAAAGUCGGAGGCUUCUUCUGUGGUUUUUUAGUAAAAGAAGAUUGCCGGAAUGAUGUAGAUCUUAUGCAUCAGCAAGCUGGCGACGAAGAUGCUUUAUUUUGUACAUUGUGCAAUGCCGAGGUGCGCAAAUUUAGCAAGCAUUGCAGAAGUUGUGACAAAUGUGUGGAUGGAUUUGAUCAUCAUUGCAGGUGGUUAAAUAACUGCGUGGGAAGAAAAAAUUAUAUCACCUUUGUGUGCCUUAUGGCAGUGAGCCUUGUUUGGCUCAUUGUUGAAUGUGGAGUAGGAAUUGCAGUCCUUGUUCGGUGCUUUGUUGAUAGAAAGGGUACCGAAAUUCAGAUAGCUGAGAGGCUGGGAGUUGGGUUUUCUAGGCCCCCAUUUGCUACAGUGGUGGCCCUCUGUACGGCUGUUUCUUUUCUGGCUACUGUGCCACUGGGAGAAUUGUUCUUUUUCCAUAUGAUUUUGAUUAGAAAGGGUAUUACGACAUAUGAUUAUGUUGUAGCCAUGAGAACACAAAGUGAACCACCUGGGCCAUCUGUAGAUGCAGGGGAGCAGCAGAGUCUUCCAUCUUCACCUACAAGUUCAGCUGUGACUGCCAUAAGUGGACGAAGCUCUCUUGGGCUAGGGUUGCAAAAGGGUGCUUGGUGCACGCCUCCAAGAAUCUUUGUGGAUCAUCAGGAUGAAAUCAUCCCACACUUGGGGCCAGGACGUGUACCAUCAACAGUUGAUCCAGAUGCAAUUGGGGCAUCUGAAAAGGGGAAAAGAGCAGCCCAGCGCCCAGUCCGAAUCAGUGCAUGGAAACUUGCAAAAUUGGAUUCUCAUGAGGCAAUUAAAGCAGCUGCUGAAGCUAGAGCAUCAUCCUCAGUACUGCGUCCUGUAAAUUCUCGUCAGCAGCCAUAUGAUACAGACCACUUAUCAAGUAGCAAUAUAAGUGGCAGAAGCAGUCCAAUCAGUAAUGAUAAUGGCUUCAACAGGGAUGCUAGAGUGGGAGCUAUUAGGUUAGCUCCACUCAGGAGUUCUUAUCCACCAAGCCAGACUAGCAAGGAUGAUCUUGAAACAUGUGCUCAUAGUAUUAGCAACCUCAGUAGCCCUCAACACACUAACAAUCUCACGCCUUCCCCCAUGGAGCAUCAAACUUCUAACAGGGAACACUUCAACCCAAUAUAUCAAUCUUCAGCUGAUCAAUCUCCUUGGUCUGCAAAAGCAAGCAUUGGAGAUGAGGUUGCUCUCCGUGAUAAUUUCCAUAUACCACAAGACCCAAUCAACAAAACCAACAGGGGUAUUCCAGAGAAUUCUAGAUCUUCAGUGGUUUGGGAUCAAGAAGCAGGGCGCUUUGUGUCAGCAAAUUCUACUUCUAGAACCAUUGGGCCUUCUUCACAGGGACCGGAACUCCUCUACACCGGUCAGUCAAUUUUCUUUGGUGGUCCUCUUGUGAAUGAACGGUUGACUAGAGGCUCUAGAAAUGGCAGUUCAUUGGGGCAAACCAGUUUGGACAGAGGCUCCACUGCAAAUCAUCAGAGUAGACUAGAGAGAGGAGGCCAACUUCCCGUGUUUGUUCCGAGUGAUUCUCAGCUAAACGACUUUUCUUCUAGAUUAUCCUGAGGGGUUAAUGGAGAUGGCUUUUCAUUUUCCAGGUAUAUAAUUGAGUUAGACUGACAUUUCUUUCGUCCUUGCAUGCGUCGUGGCAUGUUUUUUACAUUAAGAAUCUCUGAUUAGCUCUAAUGUCUUUUUUCGACCUUCA